AUGCUCGGCAAGGCCGCGACGCAUAUCCGCCCCCUGUGGCGAUUGCAGUCGCACUCCCACCAACCCGACCUCUUCACCUCCAACCCCUCCCUCCUCCACCACUUCCAGACUCCCGGCGCCAAUGCCCUCGCCACACAGGGUGCUUCGGCUGCGUCUGGUGCCAGCGGCGGUGCUGCCGGCGGCGCUGGCCGCGCCGGCUACUCUGGCGCCUCGAGCGGCGGCGGCUACACGGGGCACGCUCGUGCUUUCCUCUCGAUGUCUCACGGUCCCGGCGCCGACGCUUCGACGGGCGUGAACGCUGCAGACGAUAGCGACGCCAAGUACCGCCAGCGUGCUCACCUCGCCCUCAAGCAGCGCAUCUCGACUUCUGCCCGUGACGAGCCGACGACACAGACAGUUGUUCUCCGCCAGCGUCUUGCUGCGCGUGCUGGAUCGCGCCAGGUGCGUGCGAUCGAGAUUCCCGAGGAGCGUGAGGCCUCCAAGCGCGCUUCCAUUGCGUACCCGAGCUGGGCUGCUCUGCCCGCCGACGCCGCUCCUGGCGGAGCGCUUUGGAUCCCCGGAGCCGCGCCUCAGCGUCUCGGUGCCGCGCGUGCCUUCUCGACCCGCGCCACUCGCCUGCCGUCGGAACCCGAGCUUGUCACAGCCACGCCCUCUGCCGACAGCGCCCGCAUCAAGCAGCCGAACCGGGUGCUCAUGGACCUGGCCGGCCUCGACCUGUCCCGACCGAACAACCGCAUCCAGGUGCGCCGCAACUCGACUGCGUCCGUUGUGCGCCCGGAUGCCGAUGAGAUCGCCGCCUCGCUCGCCAAGGAGUCGUCCGAGCAGCGCGACAAGGCCAUCUACGACGCCAUCUUCCAGGCUCCCGCCGACCAGGCGGAGGCGCUCAUCGCGCACUACCGCACUCCCCGUUCUGCGGCCGAGCCGGCCGAGGGCGACCCCGCCCUUGCCGCCAAAUACCCCCUACCUGCGGGGUACAGCGUGCAGACGUACAACAACUGUAUCCUGAAGCUCCUCCGCCACCGCGAGCGUGGCCAGUCGAUCGCCCCGAUCCUCGACAUCUACAACGAGAUGCUUGCGCGUGACGUCGUCCCGAACGUUCGCACCUCGGCGCUCGUCGUCCGUGCCCUCUGCCUUCGUGACGAGGAUGUCGCCUUUGCGUCGCACGGAUGGCAGCGUGGCCGCGACUGGCAGCAGUUCAAGGCCGAGCAGCUCGGUCUCGACACGCGUGCUGACUCUGAGGCUGAGGCCGCCGCCGAGGCCGCUAUCCUUGCCUACCAGAACGAGAACAACCUCGGAUCCGCCCUCAAGCUUUACGGUGUCGCGCAGUCGUUCUACCCCCGCCACGUGCGCAACGACGACAUGGUGACCGACCUCGUCAACGCUGCGGCUGCCAACGCCAAGCUCCCCUCUGGUAUCCCCAUUGAGCAGAUUGACCCCGUCAUUGCCAAGGGUCUCAAGGGCGACGCCUUCGAGCCCGCCGUCUAUCAGAAGAUUCUCGAGAUCUACGCCGCCUCCGGGGACGCGAACAAGUUCCGUGCCGCCUGGGACAAGUUCCUUUCCAAGGGCAAGGCCGUUGCCGCUGGUAAUCCCGCCGUCGUUGGUGCCGCCAUCGCGGGCGUGCUCAAGCUCGGUAACCGCGAGGCUGCCGAGCAGAUUGCGGCCGAGUUCAGCUCGGAGGAGUAUGCUAAGCACGUUGCCAGCGCCAUGGUCGAGGGCCUGACUGAGGCCGGAGAGCUGGACGCUGCGCUCCAGUGGUUUGGCAAGAGCAAGGAUCUCUACCGCUCCGAGGCUUAUGCGCUCGCGAAUGCCCUCGCCGAGAAGGGCCGUUUCGACGACGUCCGUGCCGUUGUCAAGAAGGCCGCUCAGCACACUUCUGUUGAGAAGAUUUCUAACGGCUUCCCUGCCCGCCUCAUGGGCCGUCUCCUCGCCUACGCCCUCAAGGCGGAGGACAAGAAGGCCGCCCUCCAGGCCGCGCUUGACGUGCAGCGCCCCAGCGCCGCCAUGGACGCCCAGGUCAUCCGUCUCUUCGCUGAGCUGCUGGUCGCCAACGGUCUCGCCGCCGAGGUGCCCCGCAUGCUCGAGAAGUUCUCGGGUGCUGAGCCCACCGCCGAUGCCGACCUGCGCGCCAUCAUCAUGGCUGUCGUGCAGAGCGACGCUUCCUUCGCCACCCUCCUCGACACGCUCCGCGCCACUGCCCGCCUCGGUGGAUCCCUCGUCUCGACUGGUGACAUGAUGGACGUCUCGCAGGCUGUCGUUGACAAGUACCUUGCCACGCGCUCUUCUGUCCCCUCGGCUGCCGAGAUGGGCUACAACUCGGACCGUAUCUUCCGUCUCCUCGAGGCUAUCGUUUCGCUUCCCGAGACUGUUAUCGAGAGCGGCAAGGCGGACCCCGUCCUCGAGCACUUCAUGGGUGACCUCGCCGAGAUCUCGAAGUCGUUCUACAUCGCCGGUGCUCUCCCUUCGUCGCAGGGUGCGGCUGCUCUCGCCGACAUCCUUACUGCCCGUUUCGGUCCCGAGCGUGCCGCCAACCUUCUUACCGCCGCUCUCGGCGACAAGGCCCUCGGCAUUCUCCCCAACCCCGGAUCUACGACCUCGCCUACCGACUCCAGCUUCACCAUGCCCCCGACCCCGACCGAUGCUCCUCUUCCCGGAGAGUUCCAGCCCCCCUCGCCGCACACGCUUCACAUCGUUCCCCAGCUUACGCACCUCAUUGAGCGUGUUGGUGGAUACCGCGAUGCCCCCGAGACUGCUCAGGGUGUUUACGCCACUAUCCGCGACGCCCUCACGAACGACAACGCCGUUCCUUCGCCCGAGGGUCUCGGUCGUCUCAUGACUGCUCUUGCCCGCGAGGGCGACGAGGCCAAGGUCCGCGAGCUCUACAGCCUUGCCCAGGUUGUUCUCACGUCUUGCCUCGCCGACCCCGUGGCCCAGGCCGACGGCUGGCGCAAGGUUGAGGACGCCAUGAUCUCCGCGUGCUGCUUCCUCGGUCAUCUCGAGCAGGCUGGCAUGCACCGUGCUCGUAUCAUUGACGCUGGUCUUACUCCCUCCGCCGACGCUUACGCUACCAUGAUUGCCUCCUCUCGCGACUCGACCGAUGACGCGCUUGUUGCCCGUGAGCUCUUUGACGAGUCGCAGGCUCUCGGCGUCAUCCCCCACCUCUACCUGUACAACACGAUCAUCUCCAAGCUCUCCAAGGCGCGCAAGGCCGAGGUCGCCCUCGAGCUCUUCGAGCACAUGAAGGCUGCUGGCGUCCGCCCCUCGUCCGUCACGUACGGCGCGGUCAUCAACGCCUGCUGCCGUGUCGGCGACGAGGAGUCUGCUGUUGCGCUCUUUGACGAAAUGUCGGCUGCUAAGAACUUCCGCCCCCGUGUCCCGCCUUACAACACCAUGAUGCAGUUCUACCUGCAGACGCGCCCCGACCGUGCCCGCGUGCUCGAGUACUACGACGCGAUGCGCGCCGCCGGCGUCCACCCCUCCGCACACACGUACAAGCUCCUCCUCGACGCCUUUGGCACUCUCCAGCCCCUCGACCUCACCUCCAUGGAUCGCAUCUUCGCCGAGCUCGUCCGCAACCGUCACGUGCCUGUGCAGGGCACGCACUACGCGUCGCUCAUCACUGCGCACGGCCUGCACGCCAACGACGUCGCCAAGGCAAAGGCCAUCUUCAACUCGCUCAAGCGCCCGCAGCGCGGCUCGCCGGCCGUCAUCGAGCCUGUGGUCUGGGGGGCGAUCCUGAACGUCGUCGGCCAGCGCGGCACUCUCGAGGAGCUCGAGUCGCUCCGUGCCGAGCUCGAGCGCUCCGGCUCCCCCUCCACCGCCUACGUCUGCAACGUCCUCAUCGCCGGUUACUCGCGCCACGGUCGCCUCGACGCCGCCCGUGAGGUCUUCGAGUCUAUGGCCGACAGCGUCGGCGGCGUCGCUGCGCCGAACAACCACCCCACCCUCCUCACAAGCUCUGGACACAAGAAGCCCGCCACGACCGCCCAGGCUCCCGCUGGACUCGUCUUCCGCGAGCCGUCCACUUACGAGGCCAUGAUCCGCGCCGAGCUCGCCGCCGGCAACCGCGCCGAGGCUGAGGCCAUCCUCGCCCGCAUGGAGGAGCGCCGAUACCCCGUCGCUGUUUGGAUGAAGGCCCGCGCCAUUUUCGAUGACGCGUGGCCUGCCGCUCCGGCCGCCCCCGCUGCUGCCGCUGAGCCGGUGGCUGAGGCGCCCAAGGCCGAGGAGAAGUCGGCGUAA